GCCUUAGUAGCUAAUUGUGUACCGCUUGGUCAUGAGUACAACUGUUAUUUAGUAAAAAGAUUAAACCACGGUGUUCGUAUAUAUCAAGAUGAACUUCAGUCCCAGGUGCGGUACCUUGAUUGUUCCCGGAUGUGACUUCCUGUCUUCGUGAGGCAAUGCUGAUAGAAGAAUGUCGAAAAGUGUGAAACUACAAAAAAGGCGGCAGAAGAAGAAUUGUCCUUCUGUGCCCCUGGCCGAUAGCAUCUCUCCAAACUCUCUUGACAGUCAAGGACGUACGCCUCUCCACUAUGCUGUAGAGGAAGGGUCUGUAAGAUAUACAAGAAAAUGGCUCGAAAAAGGCUCAAAUCCCAAUAUUACGGAUGUCAAUGGUCAGACACCUCUCCUCACAGCCACUUUGAACAAUGACCUUCCUGUUGUUAAGCUCCUACUUCACCAUGACGCUGACCCGAACAUCCCGGAUUCUACAGGUUCGACGCCUCUUCAUCUGGCGGCGCACAAAGGACUCAGUAAAUGUGCGAUCUUACUGCAGAAUGGAGCUCGAGUCAACGCACAAAAUGAUCACGGUCAGACGCCUCUCCUCACAGCCACUUUGAACAAUGACCUUCCUGUUGUUAAGCUCCUACUUUACCAUGGCGCUGACCCGAACAUCCAGGAUUCUACAGGUCAGACGCCUCUCCUCAAAGCCACUUUGAACGAUUACCUUCCUGUUGUUAAGCUCCUACUUUACCAUGGCGCUGACCCGAACAUCCAGGAUUCUACAGGUGGAACGCCGCUUUACGCUGCAGCGAAGGAAAAUUAUGCAGACGUUUUGCGUGCUUUACUUAGCGAAGGAGGUAAACCAAACAUCACGACGAAGAUGGGCUGGACCCCUCUACACAUGGCAGCUAUGAUGGGUCAUCUCCAUAUAGUAGAGCUUCUCAUUGAACAUGGAGCUGAGGUUAACAUUCAUGACCAGAAAGGUGGGACACCUCUCCACCAGGCGGUCUUACAAAACCAUUACUUCAUAGUGGAGCGCUUGCUACGGGAAAAUGCAGAUCCCAAUAUAGCAGAGAUUUCGGGCGAUGCACCUCUUCAUGCUGCGGCUGAGAAGCGACUUAAUAUUAUUUUUCAUCUGUUGUUAAACGGCGAAGCUGAUCCAGGCAUCUGUAAUAAGAAAGGAAGGACACCUCUUCACACAGCAGCCAAAGUGGGAUUUGCCAGCGCAGUGAAAGCCUUAAAAAGGAAUGGUGCCGAUCUGAAUGUCUUGGAUAAAAAAGGUUGGUCUGCGCUACAUUUAGCAGCGUGGAGAGGACACGCUAAUGUUGCUGAAGCGUUAAAGUUGUGUGGAGUUUCUGUUGACAUUAUGAACAAAGAAGGUUGGACUCCACUCCACAUGGCGUGUAUGCUUGGACAUGUGAAAGUUGUGGACAUAUUGGCGAAAGAAGCUAAUGUAAACUCACUGAACGAACAAGGUUGCACGCCUCUGGACUAUGCCUAUUUCUACUCUCACUCUCCUGUAAUAAGGAAAUUAGAGGCCCUCGGAGCCAGGCGAAACACCACUGAUUCCGGUGCAGGUGCGCCUAAGAAAGAAAGAGAGACUCAAGACUUUGGAGUAAUUGGCAUCUUUGACGCCGUCAAAUGGAUCACACAGUAUUACAAACAUGACGAUAAGGAGAGCGACGUAAAAUUCCUUCUUGCCUCACUCAAAGGGGACUUAAAAGUGGUCAAGGAAAUGAUCCAAGAUGGUGUUUGCGAUGUUAAUGUUACGGGCCAAAAUGGCAUUACGGCCCUCCACUGCGCUGCUUUCAGUGGUAAAACGGCCGUAAUAAGCGAACUGUUAAAUGCAGGAGCAGAUCUUCAGGCUCUGACGGAACAAGGCGUCUCUGUCCUUCACUGUGCAUGCCUCGCUGGUCGCAUCCUUGCAGCACAGAUGUUGGUGCGACAGCAUAAUGCAGACACGAAAACAUGCGACAGGGCUGGCUUCUCCCCUGAAGACUAUGCAAAACUCCGUGGUCACCAUCAUAUUGUGAGAUGCAUCUUCAAGACUUCCGAUAAUUCUAACCAACGUCGCCCUGUGCAAGAGUACAUGGCCGCUAGUAAGGAAAUCUACAGAAGUGUUUUGAAAGUUCAUAAGCAGAUAGCCGAUGGUCCCCUGGAGAAGCUGAGGCUUUUGUUGGAGUGUGGUGUCUGUGACUCAAACCUUCAGGACGCGCAGGGCAGGACACUGCUCCAUCUGGCCACAGAGAAAGACAAUCUUGAGAUUAUCAAGCUUUUACUUCAAUAUGGCACACUACCCACUGCCCACACGCACAUAUUCCAAACGGCUAGUUUCAUCGCAGAGUUGGAGGACUAUCAAGAAAUAGUUUCACUUUUGACAAGCUACAAUAUACCAGAAGAUAUGAGCACCCGACAAAAGUGUCUGCUUAACAAAAAGUUGUUAGGCCACAUCACUGCAACUCUGAACUGGCAAGAUACACACGAGGAGAGAAUCUUAGAAGCUGUCAAACAAUGCACAUCAGUUCUGCUGUCUGGAGCCCCUCUGGAGCCCCUCUGCUGCCACAGUGUCAGCGCCAUUAACCUUGCCAUAGUCACCAACUGUACACCUCUUAUACCUCUUCUGUUGGCCACUGGUACCUCACUCACAUCCACAGUCAAGAGUGUUUCUCUGGUCCAGCUUGUUUGGAGUUCGGAAGACAUCACACCCUGGGUUCGAGUGGUCAUAACCGAGACUAUUGUAAAUCAGCUAAACACAGAGAUAAACUAUGUAUCACCGGAAGUCUUGGACAACAUCCUGAAAAAAUCCAUAGAAGAUUUAGUGGUAAUCUUGCAAGGCGAUUUUCCUUGGAAGGCAAAAUUGCCAGACCUCCCCUUGGCAGAUCAAAACAUGCUGGAUUCCCUGUUAUGCCAAGCUUGCAAGAGAGGUGCCACGAUGGCCGCUUGGUGGAUAUGGCAGCGAGGUGGCACUAUGAUUCCAUUGUCUAUAUCAAGUGAUACGCCCUUGCAUGUUGCUGCUAGGGCUGGGAAAUGGUAUACUGUAGAAGCUCUUGUCAGACAUAUGGGGGCGAGUCUGUUUUUACUGGAUAAUGAUGCUUUAGAGACAAUACCCGUCAAACUCUGGAAGACGCUGCUAGAGGACUCCUUAGCACAAGAACACAACAUUCUGAGUCAGGUCUUCACCAAGGCACGAGAAACCUCCAAUCAACGAGAAUUCCAGCAACUGAUCCUCUUCCACCACGUGCUUGCUUCAGAAUAUGAACAUCAAAAGACAGACAAAGUGAAUGACUCACGCUGGAAGGUAGUGCUGGGAUGGCUGACAUCUGCCCUUACAGUCCCAAUAGACAAAACCUCUUGGGUUUCCAAUUUGUGUAGGACUUUGCAGAAUAAUCUUGAAUUAAAAGAUGACGUCAGUUUGUCUCAGGUGGUGUAUAGUGAUGGAGACCAUGAGUGUGACUAUUCUUCACUGACUGAAAUAAUUAGCUAUCUGUAUUCUUACUAUAAUCUCUGUAAGGGGGGAAAGAAAGCAAGCUCAUUAGGCAAGAUAUCUGAUGCCCUGUUUUCCGAUAUUCAGCAAAGAGCACUUAAAACAUGUUGUGAGAUGAGACUGCCUUUCUUCCUUCACCUGUUGGUAACAGUAGCUAGUGUUUCUGUCGAUGACAUAGUUGAUCCGGAUUAUGGUCUCUUACCCUUGCACCUUGCUGCCCGUAAAAAUAAUAGGUCCGCCUUAAUGUAUCUUCUCAGACAUAAACCCUUUCUUGGAACUGAUAUCUUUGGAAAUACUUUCAUGCAUUAUGCUUAUAUGCAUGGACACUAUGACAUUGGUGAUAUGAUAAGCCUUUCAUCUUCCAAUGAGAGCGGCAAACAACCUGAUGACUUGAAAAGUGCUUUCUUCACCUAUGUGGAGAAUUAUCAUGUGCAUACAAAAGACAGUAACAUAGAAUUCCAGAAAAAUACCAGCAGCUCGCAGGUAAUUCAAGUUCAUCUAAAUCGUCUACAAAAGGAGUGGGAAGAAAAGGGAAUUGAAAAAUCUGUAAGAGAAAUCUGUGUAGAUUAUUCGAAAGGAGAAUCAUCAGAGAUCCUUGAAAUUGUGACCAGCCUUAUAGGGAGACUAACGGCAGAAGUGGCUGCAAUUGAGCCGCUAUUUGAAGGUGAGCUGCUCAUGCUGGGAAGCUCAGCCGACAACACUAGGCUUUAUUGCCCUGAUGAAUUUGACUGUAACAUUUUGCUGAAAAAUAUCAGUGGACAUCCAGACAAGGAGGUACAGGUGACUUUGGAAACACACGAAGUGAAUUAUGAAGGAUGCAGUGCAUCUAUUCAUCUGUCUUCAAACCAAGAAAACAUCAAGCAUCUCUUAGAAGGAUCUCUUUUUCUCGACAAAUUCUACAAUGUGAUAAAAAAGUGCUUGCUAAAGUGUGACAUGAGAGACAAACGACUUACCAUUGCCUACCCUGGGGUAAAGAGAACAAGGGUAGGUGCAGGACUAAGACUGCUGUGGCUAGGCGAGGAGUUUAAGAUCUUACACUUAGAUAUAGAUAUUGUUCCUACUGUGGAAGCACCCUGGCCAGACAAACUCCCUAAACCUAACAUUCCAUCUCCAUUCCUGAACAAUGUCUACAUCAACAGCAUAGGCGAUGGAAAAUGGCGAUUCUCCUUCGCUCGUGCUGAGAAUUCCAUCAUGAAAAACCUGACGACUGAACAGCAGACAACUUUCCUGGCUUGUAAGAUGAUCAUGACUCGCCUGAAACUGGAAGAAUGGGUGCCAAAAGAAGCCAGAGAUGAGUACAAGUAUUUUGACAGCAAAUUUUUCAGGAUCCCAACUCCCAGAGGCUUUCUGUUAAAAAAUUCCUUUUUCUUUGAGCUCGAAGCAGCGAGGGAACAUAGCCUGUGGACCAAAGAUAAAAUAAUAGAUAGAAUGAAAUCAGUCUUCAGGAGGAUGUGCAUGGAGUUCACCCAUCCUGCCACUGGGGAAAUAACCCUGGAGCCUGGGAAGGUGGAAGCUUACUUUGGCAAAAGCACUCAGACAUCGGAAUGUGGUUACGGGGCGCCAGAUAUAUACCGUUUCCUGGACGCAUUGCCAGCUUUGUAGCUUACUUUGAUCAAUAGCAGUGUGAUGUAAAUGAUGGCU